CUUGAACAAAGUUUAGUAGUGAAGGAAUAACAUCGAACGCUGUAAUAAAAUUAGUAUAAGCCGCCAUACCAUCUUGUUUAUUUCUUGUGCAAACCAAUCAUCAUCCUGGUUUGAAGGGUUGAAUGGUUACGUAGUCAACUUUAAUAGUGCGAAAAUGAUUUCCUUGGAUCCUGGACCAGGAAUGGCAGCUCUCCAGGCGUGGGGUGGUCAAGUGGCUGCCUACGGAGCCGCUAACCAAACCGUUGUCGAUAAAGUACCACCUGAUAUGCUACACAUGGUCGAUCCUCAUUGGUACCAAUUUCCACCUAUGAACCCACUAUGGCACGCCCUAUUAGGCUUCACAAUCGGAGUUCUUGGCUUCAUAUCAAUUUCGGGUAACGGAAUGGUCAUUUACAUUUUCAUGUCAACAAAGAGCCUUAAAACACCAUCAAACCUUCUCGUAGUGAAUUUGGCAUUCUCAGACUUCCUCAUGAUGUGUGCUAUGUCUCCAGCGAUGGUCGUUAACUGUUACAAUGAAACUUGGGUUUUCGGACCUUUUGCAUGCGAGCUAUAUGCUUGUGCCGGUUCAUUAUUUGGGUGUGCCUCGAUUUGGACGAUGACAAUGAUUGCUUUCGACCGCUAUAAUGUUAUUGUGAAGGGCAUUGCGGCAAAACCAAUGACGAACAACGGCGCUCUUCUACGCAUUCUUGGAAUUUGGGCAUUUUCGCUAGCUUGGACUCUUGCACCCUUCUUUGGCUGGAAUAGAUAUGUGCCUGAAGGAAACAUGACUGCAUGCGGUACUGACUACCUGUCUAAAGAUUGGUUUAGCCGCAGUUACAUUCUUAUUUACUCCGUUUUUGUUUACUUCGCCCCACUUCUUCUCAUCAUAUAUUCGUACUUCUUCAUUGUGCAGGCCGUAGCUGCCCACGAAAAAGCAAUGAGGGAACAAGCGAAAAAAAUGAACGUCGCCUCUCUCAGAUCAUCUGAAGCAGCCAACACCAGCGCUGAAUGCAAACUCGCCAAGGUGGCAUUGAUGACAAUUUCCUUGUGGUUCAUGGCUUGGACACCUUAUUUGGUUAUAAACUACACAGGGGUGUUUGAAAGCGCCCCGAUCAGUCCUCUGGCCACCAUUUGGGGAUCGCUCUUUGCCAAAGCUAACGCUGUGUAUAAUCCGAUUGUUUAUGGCAUCAGUCAUCCCAAAUACCAAGCAGCGUUGUAUGCAAGGUUCCCUUCAUUACAAUGCCAAUCAGCACCUCCGGACGAUGGCGGCUCCGUGGCUUCGGGUGCCACAGCUGUCUCGGAGGAGAAGCCGGCCGCGUGAAAAUUUUACAAUCCACUCAAUCACACAGACACAGACGACGCGAUUCUCUUAUACGGACAUAUGGAUAUGCUAGAGCGAUGUUCUUUAUUUUUAUAUGAAAUGUUUUACGUUUGUAAAAAGAUGUAAGCUCAGACACAGAGCGUGAACUUGUUACAAAAUAUUCAGUAAAGUUUCUGAAAACAUUCUGCGUAUUUUGAGUCCACGCUUUGUUUUUGAGUUGAAUAGUGCACACUUUUCUUAUAUCUUAUAACUGCCUCAACUUUACGGUGGCGGUAUUAAAAAUAGAAAAAAAAGGUAAUGAUUAAAAUAUAUGCCGUUAAACCGAAACCCUUCCCAAGAGUCUGUUCCUCGUAGAGUUAAGUUCUACGCUGUAUACUACGAAAUGGCUAUGUAACCUGGAUCAAAAUGACCGUUAAAUAAAAAAUAACAUGGAUGUUGACCACAUAA